AUGAUUGAAGUCAUAGCCAUGAUCAAGGGCCUGCAAGUUCUCAUGGCUCGAAUGGAGACGGUGUUCGCUGAUGCUGCCAGGAGGUCCAUAUAUGCGGAGCUCCAGGACUUUGUUCAGCUCGUACUGAGGGAACCGCUUCGGAAGGCCAUUAAGAACAAGAAGGAUCUUAUAAGAAGUAUUGUAGUGUCAGUUCGUGAGACAUGCGGUGACUGGGCGCGAGGCUGUGAGCCCCAACAGGAUCCAGCUCUUCGUGGAAAGAAGGAUGGGGAGGCCAGCUUUACCAUCAAAGUGCCUAGGAGGAACGUAGGUCCAUCAUCCACCCAACUAUACAUGGUGCGCACUCAGCUCGAAGCUCUUAUCUCCGAUAAGCAGAGCUUCUAUUGGGGCUACCUCUUGAACUUAUCAGAAUACGCCAGCCAUAAGAUCCAUAUAGACGACAUUUACGAUGAUCAAAAUAGUUCGAGUAUUUCGGGAAAGCAAGCAGGUCUAUACCUCCAAGGACACAAGGAUGGGGAAAAGGCAAAUAAGAAAAAAGGUGAACCAUUAUUAGAAGAAAUAGCCCCAAAUGUAUUCCAUCUGUUUUCUGAAGAGACUAUCGCAGAACGCAAGAGUAUCAGUUUUGUAACUAACCCCCUCCCAAAACAGGCACUUAAUUUAAAUUCAUAA